GAUUUUAGGUAUAAAAGGGCCGCCGUCGCCUCCUGGUUUCAUCGUAGAACCUUGUUUGGCUGUGUGGAAUUCGAAAAAGUUUUUCACCGCUCUGUUCCUUUGCUGAUUUUCAUUUCUGAGACGUCUAGAUCCACUCGUCUCUCUCUUUUUCAUUUUAAAUACCUUCGUUACUUUAACGUUUUCAUUUAACAACCCUCAUCUCUUUAUCAUCCAGAAUGCCUGCUCAAUCUGUUGCUGCUACUGCCCCUGCUGCUGACGAGAACGCCUUGUCCAUGUCUCCUCCCAGCUCUGGCUUCUCCCUCAUGCAACAAAACUUCACUCGUGCUCGCUCUCACUCCCGCCCUCCUCCUCGUUCCCUCAAGCCCUUUGCCACUGAGGACAUCAAGAUCCUUUUGCUGGAGAACGUGAACCAAUCUGCCCUUGACAACCUCCGUGAGCAGGGCUACCAGGUCGAGUUCCACAAGAAGUCCCUUCCCGAGGAGGAGCUUAUUGAGAAGAUCAAGCACGUCCAUGCCAUCGGUAUCCGUUCCAAGACCAAGUUGACUCGUAAGGUCUUGGAGCACGCCGAGAACUUGAUUGUCAUCGGUUGCUUCUGUAUCGGUACCAACCAGGUCGACCUCGACUACGCUGCCGAGCGCGGUAUCUCCGUCUUCAACUCUCCCUACGCCAACUCUCGUUCUGUUGCCGAGCUCGUCAUCGCCGAGAUCAUCUUCUUGGCCCGUCAGGCCGGUGACCGCUCUAUGGAGCUUCACCGUGGCACCUGGAACAAGGUUUCCAACGAGUGCUGGGAGAUCCGUGGCAAGACUCUUGGUAUUAUCGGUUACGGUCACAUUGGCUCUCAGCUCUCUGUUCUCGCUGAGGCCAUGGGUCUCCGUGUCUUGUACUACGAUAUCAUUCCCAUCAUGCCUCUUGGUUCUGCCAAGCAACUCUCCUCCCUCGAGGAGCUUCUUCACAACUCCGACUUUGUGUCCCUUCACGUCCCUGCCUCUCCCGAGACUACGAACAUGAUCUCCUCUGCCGAGUUUGCCGCCAUGCGCCGCGGCUCCUUCCUCAUCAACCUUUCCCGUGGUACUGUCGUCGACAUUCCCGCCUUCAUCGCUGCCAGCAAGUCUGGCAAGAUUGCCGGUGGUGCCAUCGAUGUCUACCCUGCCGAGCCCCACAGCAACGGUGACAACAAGUUUGUUGACUCCUUGAACUCCUGGACUUCCGACCUUACCUCUCUUCGCAACGUCAUCCUCACUCCCCACAUUGGUGGUAGCACUGAGGAGGCUCAAUACAACAUUGGUGUCGAGGUCAGCGAGAGCUUGAUCCGCUACAUCAACGAGGGUAACAGUACUGGUGCCGUCAACUUCCCCGAGGUUUCUCUUCGUAACCUUACCGAGGCCGACAAGAACCACGUCCGUGUCCUGUUUGCUCACCAAAACGUCCCCGGUGUUUUGCGCCAAGUCAACGAGAUCUUCAAGGACCACAACAUCAAGUCCCAGUUCUCUGACUCCCGCGGUGAGAUUGCUUACUUGGUUGCUGACAUCAGCGACUGCACUCCUGACUCUCUCAAGGAUCUCUACAAGCAUCUUGAGGCUCUCCCCUUCAAGAUCCGCACUCGUCUCUUGUACUAAGCUUGUACGAGCUCGUGUCGGUAAGCUUGUUGCCUAAAUCUUAAAAAUUUUCUUCAACCCCUUCCUCUCUCUCUUGUGCUGGUGCUCUGAAUGCCCGGCAUGUACAGCUUUUCAACCAUGAUGACCAUCAACGUCCCUUCAACUGAACGCUGAUAAUGAUAAAUUCAGUAAAAUUUUGUAAUUCAACAUUAGUGAUGAUA